AUGAAGCUGAUUCCUUUAUGGAGACGAUUGAUUGCAGAGGUCUACUCAACGGGAUUUAUGGUGUUUAUUGGAAUUGCGGCCACCGAGCAGCGAUUUUUCUCGAAUGGAAUGGCCUCUUCAACAACGGAUCUCGGUCUUGCUUGGGGUUUUGCAAUCACUUUUGCGAUUUACUCAGCAUACAAUGUAUCAGGUGGUCACAUCAAUCCAUCAAUUAGUGUAGCGAGAUGGUGGCUUGGAAAGCUUUCGGCGAUCGAUUUCGUUCUCUAUUUUCUUGCUCAAACCGUUGGCGCUGUGCUUGGGACAAUUCUCGCACUUUUCGUCUAUCGAGAAGCCUUCCAAGACAAGCGCAGCACUGGGGACUUUGAUCUGAAAACUCUGUUUGUCUCUCUUCCAGCCCCGCACACCACACAUUUUGGAGGCUUCAUCGAUCAAAUCAUUGGCACCUCAUUUCUUGGAAUGUUUGUCUGUAUGACCUCUCGCAGAAACUCACCAAUCCCUGAUUCAGCUGUACCAUUACUCUUUGGACUCAACGCUGUUAUGCUAGGCAAUGCUCUUGGUUUGAACACCGGUUGCCCAUUGAAUCCGGCUAGAGAGCUCGGGCCACGAAUAGCCGCCACAUUACUUGGCUUGGGAAACGAUUUCUUUAGUCAUGACGAGUAUUAUGUGUGGGUGCUGGUAGUCGGUCCACUAGUCGGCUCAGUGCUUGGUGUGUUGCUCUACCAGAUCGCUGUCAUUGACACCACCGCUCCAUUGAAAGAGUGCUCUGUGUGCGGUUUUCGAAAAGGAAAAAACAUAAGUGGGUUUUAUUCUGGAAUCGAGAAAGGCUCUCAGGAUUGGUCUCACAUCAUUAUGACGGCUAGAGCCGAAGAACAUCACUUCAUAUUCUCACACUUCACAAUCAACGAUCACAUCGAAAUGUGGAUUGGCAGCGUUGUGAUCUUGAUUUCCUCAGUGUUUCUCAUCAGUAUCGCCGAGCAUUCCCCAGAUUCCGAGAUGUUCUCGCGGUUCCUGGAGAAGCGAGGCGGUGCACGAGUGUUCAUGCCUGUGGAUAAAAGAGGAGGAGGAAGGGGCUUCAACCUUGAAACACGAGGUGGCGCUCGUGCUUUUAUUGGAGAAGAGAAACGAGGCGGUGGUCGAGUGUUUUUGGAUCGUAAUAUGAGAGGCGGUGCUCGAGUUUUCCAAUUUGGCGAUCAUGAUGACGCUCAUUCAGUUGAUCCGCGAGGAGGUGCAAGAAGCUUCUACGAGCCAGUUGAGAUGAUGAGAUUGGGAUCGAUGGAGAAGCGCGGCGGUGCGCGAGCGUUCCCUGGACGAACUCGUCGAGGCGGGGCUCGAUCUUUCCCCGUCCAAUUGCCCGACUCAUCUGAACGAAAA